AUGACCAAACGCGCUUUAGCAGAGGAAGUUUUGAAACUUCAGAUCACGCAAGCUUCUGUUCAAACUUUCUACGAUCACGAUAAACAACCUCAACAAUCUUCAGUAUCUCUUCUAGCGCGCCGUAACCCAGACUCUUGGGGAAGCUUAAGCCCUUCAGACAUGUAUUAUAUUGGCAAAUUUCCGGAAUGCAAUAAAGAAUCAUAUGUUACCUGGGGCUCGAGCUUGAUAUUCUUCUUUAAGCAUAGAAACUAUAUAAACAUCGACAAAGCUAUUGACUCGAAUAAUGCUGCUGAUGUUACCUUUAUGCAACAAAUGUUGACGCUAUCAACCAAGUUGGCGGUCAAGAAGACGAAAGCAUUCAGUUGUAAUGGAUUGUUACUAGUUGAUCA